AUGCAAAGUGACCAAUUUCUUCAUAACGCUUUAAAUAAUAGUGUCCUGGAUUCUAUUGUUGGUACAUGUGCAAUUCAACUUCUCCAAUACGACGCAGCUACCCUACAUCUUAGCACCCAAGAUAUAUCUUCUCAUUCGUUUCUCAAAAGCCAAAAGCGUUUGUAUCGCGAACUUAAGCCUCAGCGAUGCCCUAUUGAACCACAACAUGCAGUCUUUACUCCACAAAAAAUUCUAUCCUUUGAUGUACCCCAAAAAGAAAACAUUGAAACAUUUAUCCAAGCUAAUCAUAUCUUUGAACUUUCAGAUUGCAAAAACAACCGUAGUUCCAAUUUGGGUCACCACCGAUCAUACCGAAAUAACGUCCAUGUCACUUCUUAUGAUCUUGCUUCGUCUUUCACAGAAUCAUCUCCUUUUAAAUAUGCCUUGGUUUUUUGCAAAUCCUUAGAACCUCGCAAGAAAAUUUCUUCCAAUCGCAACAGUAUAGUACGAGUAUCAAAAAAUCUUAAAAACUACGAAUCUCCCAUCAAAAAUGAUGAGCAAUCUCGCAGUAGUCAUUUUGUUCUCAAAAAGCGACACACUCAAGUAAACUUUCAAUCUUCUCCUACUGUCCAGGAUUACUCUUUCAAAACACCAACCCGCUAUUCUCGUCAAAACACUGAUAAACAACCUUCCACUGAAAAUAGGUCCUCUUAUCUACAACCACAACUAGAAAUAUCAACUCUAGACACAGUGACAAGCACUCUUCCAUUUAAUAUUCGCUGGCUUAAGUCUUCACAGUCUAACGUUGAAACUUUUGUCAUUCUUUUUAGCCAAAAAAGAAAGCGCAAAAUUUGGAAACGCCUUCUUUUGGAAAGUUUUGGUAUUAAAGUAUUGAACCUUAAUAGGACCAUUUACAAAAAUGCUAAUGGUGAACUUGAUGAGGAACUAAUAGAGUCCUUUUCUCACUCUGGUGAUUUAGAGGCUUCAAAAAAAAAAUACUCAUCUGAAUCAGGAUUGAAAUACAAUGACUCUCAUGAAAAGCUUAGUUAUGACCCCCAAUUGUGCAAUGAACCCCCUUAUUCUCACAACCAUUUCAAUAAAUCCCCUCCAGAAAUCUCCGGUCCCAGCAUAUCUACACAAGAUAGUCCAGAAAAAUAUGAGCAAUACAUUAAGAAUCAACAAAAUGGUAUCCUUGGAAUGGGCAUUCAUUACAAAAAUAAAGACGGCAUUAUUGUCGAUGUCGCAGACAAUAAUUUCCAACUUUCCAAAUCUAACACAACCAUUAGCAAAAACACUGGGCAAAAACACUCCACUGAUGAAACGCUAUACCAAAAUUUUGGAGAGGAACAGCUGUACAAGUCUAUUUCUGUCACAAAGUCUAAAACACCCACGGGUACUGAUGAUACCUGGGUGGAUCCAGUUAAGCCUCUCAACAUUUCUAAAAAAAACAAAAACAAUGAUCGAUAUGAAUCAUCUUCACAACAGAGUAUCCAUAGCAAAACGAAAACUUUGCAGUCACCAUUCUCUCCAAAGGGCAAGAACAAGUUGUCGUCCAACAAGUUGUCGUCCAACAAGUUUUCUGAAACACCGCUCCCACCUCUUCCUAAUCCUCCACCGGUUGAACCAGAAUUAGUAUCAACCAUAAAUGUGGAGACAGAGAGCAAUCUUAACUCUAAUUAUGAAUCUGAAAUUGUGAACCCUGUUACUCCAGAACUAAAUGAGUCUCCAAGUGAUACUUCUAAUGAUAGCCAUGGAUUUAGUUAUAUUAGUCCCCAAACGACUCCUCCAUCUUUGACAACUUCUCCUUCCCCAUCAUCCCCAUCAUCUUCACCACAUCAUACAGAAGCCAAAAACUCAAAGCACCUUGACCUGUCACCAUCAAUUGAAAUUUAUCCGGGGGAACCUUUACAAAAUUUCCCUGGUACACAACCUCCCCCUCGCCGAUCUUCAUUAGCCAAGUCUCAAAAAAAGGAACAUUUACCACAACUUUUACCUGAUGUUUUUAAUGAGCAUCAAUACAUUCGACCGGCUACUGUUGACCAGCUUGCACCUAUUUCCAAAGACUUUAUAGUAUCGAGUUCACAUGACAACAUUUAUUGCUCUGAUCCAAGCGAGGAUCUUGCCUUUGUUAAUGCACAAAAAAAUAAGAACAAGCAUUUCAGAUUUAACAGCCGCCCAGAAAGUUUAUUAUUAACACCACAAGAUAAGUUUGACCAAGAAUUGGCUCAACUUACUUUAUCUAGAGAGUUGCUGCUUUCAAGUACUAAGCGAUCUAAAUCACCAGAAUCUCUGUCACACUCUUCUGAGGUUUCUGUUUCUCCAUCCUCUAGUUAUCGGAGAAGAUCAGGGGUAUCCACUAUUUCAUCGACUAGUUCAAUUAGUCCAGAGGUGUUAAAAGUUCCCACUGUCAAGGAUUGGGCUGUUACCAACAUGAUGGUUAUUAAUGGAAUGAUUGAUAUUCCUACUAAAUCAUCUAAUGAGUUUGAUGUUAAAACCAUGGAUACGGAAGAAGUAAUUUACUGUUCUUUGCCUAAAUGGCACGCCUUAAGCCCCCCUAUUUCCCCUCAGCCUCCAAAGUUUAGACUGCCGGAAAUUCCAGAACGUCCAGAGCUUGAAGGCAUGAUCACUCCUUUUCCAAGAAUAAAUGUUUAA